GUCUUACAAGUAAAUUGUGCUGUCUUUAACACAUAGGUGCGGGCAACAUGCGGAUUACAUAAUAAGACAUUAAUUAAUUUAACAGGACCCUUCAUUUUUUAUAUUAUUAUUAUUAUAAAACCUUGUGGAUAUAAUUUUCUCGUUUAACUGACGAGGUAGAACGAAGGAAUACGCUUGCUAAAUCAUGACGUGGUACCAGACAUGGUGUCAUCUUCUGACAUUGGUACUGUCUGUUGUGCAAGUCCACUCUGACGCAAUGCUUUCUAACCUUAACCUAGCCGCUCUAGUUGACACCGUUAACGACGUCCCGUUACCCGGGCUGCACGGCACAGUGCCAAACAUGCAAGAGACACAGAUGCCAACAUUUUUUAAACAAAAAAUGACAAAAAUACAAGGAAAUAUUCCAAAAUUAAAUGGUCCUAAUGGACCACUUGAUAUUAUGAUUUCUAGUGAAAGAACUAAUAUGUCACCACCGGUUGCUCCAAGCAAAUUUUUAACUUUACCCCAGUUUCCGGUUGGGUUUGUUGAUUUUCAAGUGAAUCAGUCCAAGCAUAGAUUUGUCUCUUCGAAGCAACAGACGAAUUAUAUUUCUGUACCACCAGGAGCGCCUGUGGACUUCUUGAAAGUGCCAAGUUGGAAAACAUAUGUACAGGCGCACGCCGGUUCUCAAUCGGGCGGCAAAAACACAGCAAGUCCUCAUCAGCACGCACUUGGCUUAGUUGUACAAGGGCCGGUAAUAGAAGGCAAGCCACCAGCAGUACAGGUUGACCCUGUGCACCAUUUACCUAUGAACCAUCUGUUUGUGCCUGUACCAGUUACCCAUUUAAGCUCUGAAUUUGCACAGACUGGCAAAAUACAACCAGCUCCUCCUCCGCCAACAGUUGCGGACAUUCUUAUUGUUAUCGACGCUUCAGAUAGAAUGGGUCACAUUGAUGCAAAUGGCGGAGUUGUCUGGAAUCCAAAUAUUGUUGAUUUCCUCAACAAAUUUACGAACUUUACUCCGAUUGGACCGGAUGCAAAUCGAAUUGGAGUCGUUGUUGUUAGCGUAGGCAUUGACGACAUGAUUCCUCUCACGGAUGAUAGGCAAUUUCUGAUAGAUUCAUUGAACCUUCUUCGCCCCUCAUUUCGUGGCGGUUGCACAGAGAAAGGAAUAAACACAGCAAGCAGUCUUUUCUAUCAAUACGGCCGUCAAACUGCAGUCAAACGUAUAGUUCUGCUAACAGAAGGGUCUGGUAAAUGUUCCUACCGGAAUAUGGCUGAAAUUAUCUAUGCUAGAAAAUGUGGUAUAGAUAUUAUACAUGUGGGAUUCGGGUCAAUGACUAAUCCAGCGACAGAACAAGGGCUCCAGUCGAGCUGGAUAGUGCCCGGCCCAGAUAUGCUCAUUUCCGUUGCAGAACCAGUCGCAAAGAGGGCUUAUAUUAAUCCUAUCCACGGUGGAUGGUCUCAGUGGUCAGACUGGAACUUGUGUUCAGCUUCCGGUACAUGCAGCCUUGGUUACCAGAUGCGCUUCCGAUUGUGCGACAAUCCUAAGCCCGCAUAUGGUGGACAGAACUGCCGCGGCUUUCCAGCAGUAACCCGCAUGUGUCAUAUGCGGCCAUGUAUUGAUAACACUAUGGGUCACUGGACACGAUGGACAGAGUUCACACCAUGUUCUUCACCUUGCGGUAUAGGGUCUAGAACUCGAUCCCGUACUUGCUUGACGUUGAGUGGUGAGCCGAGUGCUGCCUGCCGCGGGAAAUACGUGGAGGUCGUAGAGUGCAUUGUGAAAGCAUGCCCGGUUGACGGAGGCUGGUCUUUCUGGUCGGAAUGGGGGCUGUGUUCCAAGACUUGCGGCAUGGGAAUAAAAAUGCGAGCCCGGCAAUGUGAUAAUCCAUUACCCAAACAUGGUGGGAAGACUUGCCCUGGUUCAGCAUUAGAAGAAACUGUUUGUGACAUGGGUAAACACUGUCCUAUCCAUGGUGGGUUUGGACCAUGGACUCAAUCUGGUAAGUGUGACGCUGUUUGUGGUUUUGGUAUGCAGAAGCGAACACGGGAAUGCGACAGCCCUUUUCCGCAGUAUGGUGGAAAUCCCUGCGUUGGAGAAUCAGUUAUUUUUGAACCGUGUGACUCGGGAAUCCCAUGUUCGAUCAAUGGUGAAUGGGGACAAUGGACCAAGUUUACUGAAUGUUCAGCAAAAUGCGGUACGGGAGUUCGUAAACGAAAAAGAUUUUGCGACAGUCCACCGCCAAAAUAUGGAGGUGCUAUGUGUGAAGGUCCAAAAGCAGAAAAACAAAACUGUGAUACAGGCAUUGCAUGUCCUAUUGAUGGACAAUGGUCUGCUUGGACAGAUUUUGCACCGUGCUCAGCAAAAUGCGGAACUGGGAAAACUAGACGAUUUAGACUAUGUAACAAUCCAGUUCCAAUGCAUGGAGGCAAGGACUGUAUUGGUUCUCCGGUAGAUGAACAGCAUUGCGAUACCUAUAAAAUAUGUCCAAUUGACGGAGGUUGGAGUAAGUGGACAAAAUAUUCUACAUGUAACGCUGACUGUGGACGUGGACUCCAGGGCAGGACUAGAGCCUGCAUCGACCCUGCUCCACAGUAUGGUGGUGCUUACUGUGUUGGGUUAGACCGUGAGGAAAGAGAAUGUGAUACAGGAAUAAGCUGUCCAGUUCACGGUUUUUGGUCACAUUGGCUUCCUUGGGGUCAUUGUUCUGCUUCAUGUGGCAUUGGAUUUCGCCAGCGACAUCGUUUAUGCAAUAAUCCUUCACCAAAGUUUGGAGGUCUUGAAUGUGAAGGCAGUCUUAUAGAAGAGGAUGUGUGCGAUACAAAAACAAUGUGUCCAAUUCAUGGGGGAUGGUCCAAGUGGUCGAAACCAUUACCAUGUCCUGUUGAUUGCGGUGUAGGAACGACAAAGAGAGUGCGAGAAUGUAACUCCCCGGUUCCUAUGUACGGAGGGAAUGAUUGUUCAGGACCGAAUACUGAGUUUAUAAAAUGUGACUCGGGUUUAAAAUGUCCAAUUCAUGGUAAGUGGUCUUUAUGGAGCAAAUGGAGCAUUUGCGAAGCUGAGUGCGGAACCGCGAUGCAAAGUAGAAUAAGAACAUGUGAUAACCCUGCCCCUAAAUUCGGAGGACUAGCUUGUAAAGGUCCUGGUAUGGAAAAGCGACCAUGCGAUACAGGAAAACAAUGUCCGGUUCAUGGUGGCUGGGGACUUUGGACAAUGUGGACAAAAUGUUCUGUUUAUUGCGGCACAGGCAUGAUCUCGCGCAAGAGAGUUUGCGAUAGUCCAAUGCCGCAGUAUGGUGGUAAAAAUUGUUUAGGUCUCGAGUAUGAAGAGAUGCCGUGUGAAACAGGAGUUAUGUGUCCAAUUGACGGAGGUUGGUCAGCAUGGAGUGAUCUCUCUUCUUGUUCCGAGACUUGUGGGGUAGGAUUUAUGCAAAGGUCAAGAAUAUGUAACAGUCCCCUUCCACAAUAUAAUGGCGCACCUUGUCCUGGUCCAGACUUUGAAAAACUGCCAUGUGACACAGGAACUAAAUGUCCUGUCCAUGGAAAUUGGGGCCCAUGGACAGACUACGCCAUAUGUGAAGCAAAAUGCGGAAAAGGUGUGCAGACACGUACAAGAAUAUGCAACUCCCCAGCUCCAAUGUUUGGAGGAGAUUCAUGUGUGGGCGCAGAUUUUGAAAAAAUACCGUGUGAUUCUGGAGUGUUUUGUCCUGUAAACGGCGAAUGGGGUCCUUGGACAGAGUUUACACAUUGUAAUAAGAAAUGUGGCGUUGGUAUUAUAAGGCGUUUUCGACAGUGCAAUAAUCCUGCACCUUCAUAUGGCGGUCAUCUAUGCGUAGGUUUGGAAAAAGAAGAACAAAUGUGUGAUACCGGAAUUUAUUGUCCCAUUGAUGGUAACUGGGGACUUUGGUCAGCAUUUACAAAAUGCUCAGUGACAUGUGGAUUUGGAACGCAACAACGAAACAGGGAAUGCAAUAACCCACAUCCUUCAUAUGGGGGUGGUGACUGUGCCGGUCAUCCACUGGAAACACGCAAUUGUGAUACUGGCACAUCAUGUGCAGUUAACGGCGGAUGGAGUGCUUGGACAGGUUUCGGUCCUUGCGAUGUUAAAUGUGGCGCUGGAAUGCAGAAACGAAAACGAUAUUGCUCAAAUCCAGUUCCAAUGUACGGCGGCGAUGACUGUCAUGGAAAAGGGUACGACGAACGGCCUUGCGAGACUGGAAUCAAAUGCCCUGUACAUGGGUCGUGGACUCUGUGGUCUGGUUGGACUGCCUGUUCUAAGGAUUGUGGAUCUGGUAGCUCAGUUAGGACACGUCAGUGCUCCAAUCCACCACCAAUGUAUGGUGGAAACCCUUGCAAAGGUCACGAUACGGAAGAAACUAUAUGCGAUACCGGAAUUAAAUGUCCAAUACACGGUGGUUGGAGCAUGUGGUCAGACUACUCUCCCUGUUCUGUAUCAUGUGGGACAGGAAUGAUGCAAAGAAUUCGAGUUUGUGAUUCUCCAAUGCCACAGUAUGGAGGAAAGGUGUGCAUAGGGGACAGUACUGAAGGGGCCGUCUGCGAUACUAAGAUUAAGUGUCCAAUACAUGGCGGAUUCUCUUUAUGGUCUAAAUGGAGCAGAUGCUCUGUUGAUUGUGGGGAAGGCUUACAGUACAGAACAAGGCUUUGUAAUUCACCAGUACCUGAAUAUGGCGGUGUCCCAUGUAAAGGAAUAUUUAAGGAAGAACGAAUCUGUGAUACUGGAAUAUUCUGUCCUAUCAACGGAAAUUGGGGAGCAUGGUCACCGUUUACACAAUGUUCGGUUGAUUGUGGCAGUGGUAUUAAAGAACGGACAAGAUUUUGUGACAACCCAAUACCAAUGUAUGGAGGAAAACCAUGCCCUGGAUCAGAUUCUGACCAAGCAGUUUGUGACACUGGUAUUCAUUGCCCCGUUCACGGGGACUGGGAAAUAUGGACUGCUUGGACCUCAUGUUCCGUGACAUGUGACGUUGGGGUAGUAACAAGAAAAAGGUCUUGUACUAAUCCUAAACCAAUGUAUGGCGGCAGAUUAUGUAAAGGUGAUUCUCUACAAGAAAAAGUAUGUAACACGGGCGUUUCUUGUCCUAUAAAUGGAAUGUGGAGUUUUUGGUCAGAUUGGUUGCCGUGUGAUGUUACGUGUGAGGCUGGAACACAGUCUCGUCUGCGUAUUUGUAACAAUCCACCUGCUCAGUAUGGUGGCGAUCCAUGCUUUGGAUCGGCGAUAGAUAGUACUGUAUGCGAUACUGGAGUCCCUUGUCCGGUCAUAGGAAACUGGAGCCCAUGGUCAGUAUGGAGUGACUGCACUGCUACCUGUGCAGACGGACUGCAACAAAGGAUCCGCACAUGUACAGAUCCACCACCAAAGUAUGGCGGAGAUAUUUGUCCAGGAAAUGCAGAAGAAGUACGGAAAUGUAAUACAGACAUCUUCUGCCCAGUAGAUGGACACUGGGCGCCUUGGACAAAGUGGACUCAUUGUUCCAGAUCAUGUGGUAUAGGAGUACAUGCUAGAACAAGGACAUGUACAAAUCCUCCCCCAGAAUAUGGUGGAAAAUUCUGCGUAGGUCCUCAAGACGACACCGGUGAUUGUGUUACGGGUGUACAUUGCCCUAUAGAUGGUGACUGGGGUCCAUGGACUUCCUAUGGCAAGUGCAGUGUGAAUUGUGGUAUCGGUACGAAAACUAGAACAAGAUUGUGUGAUAACCCUCGGCCGCAGUAUGGAGGUAGCAUAUGCUACGGUGGAAACACAGAAGACAUAACAUGUAAUACGGGAAAACUGUGCCCUAUCAAUGGCGCUUGGACACAGUGGUCACAAUUUAGGCCCUGUAAUGUCGACUGUGGCAUCGGCGUACAAAAUCGUACAAGGAGUUGCACGAACCCUGCUCCAAAAUUUGGAGGAUUAGACUGCGAAGGCCCUGCCUUGGAUGUACUCCACUGCGACACUGGUAAAUAUUGUCCUAUAGACGGAAGAUGGUCAUUAUGGUAUGAAUGGGCUCCGUGUUUCGGUAAUUGCGGAAUUGGCAAAAGAGAAAGAAAAAGAGAAUGUAAUAAUCCGAAACCCAAUUUUGGUGGCCAAAUAUGCAAAGGUCCUAAUGUAAUGUCAGAGGAUUGUGACACUGGUAUACAUUGUCCUGUCCCAGGCGGAUGGUCAAAUUGGUCUCCACCAGGUCCAUGUAGUGUAUCGUGUGGUGUAGGUACUCAAACCCGAGUCAGAAACUGCAAUAAUCCAAUGCCACAAUAUGGUGGUCCUGACUGUGUUGGACUUCAAGAGGAAAUACUGAAAUGUGAUACUUUAAUUGCAUGCCCUAUUGAUGGACUUUGGGGUUCUUGGAGUGAAUACGGACCGUGUAAUGUAAAAUGUGGCAUAGGGCUUCAUGCGAGAACUCGAGAGUGUAAUUCGCCUCCACCGCAGUAUGGAGGAAAUAAAUGUGUAGGCUCUAAUAUGGAGGAAACGAAGUGUGAUACUAAUAAGAAAUGUGUGAUACAUGGCGGGUGGUCAUUCUGGUCUCCCUGGAGUACCUGUCAAUCAACCUGUGGAGCUGGAGAAAAGAUACGGGUCAGAGUAUGCAAUAACCCAAGUCCUCUGUAUGGAGGUCUAAUGUGUAAAGGGCCAGACACAGACGUAAUGCCGUGCAAAACAGAUGUAUCUUGUCCAAUUGACGGUGGCUGGACACUAUGGACAGACUGGGAUAUGUGUAGUGUCACAUGCGGUACCGGUAAACACAGUAGGUACAGGAAAUGUACCGCACCUAUACCACAGUACGGUGGUCUACAAUGCAAGGGACCGGCCAGGGAAACACAGGACUGUGUUACAGGUAUACCGUGUGCGAUUGACGGUCAUUGGACCUUGUGGACACUGUGGAGUGGAUGUUCUGAAACUUGUGGCGUUGGUGUAAGGAAAAGGGAAAGAUUUUGUGACAAUCCACCAGCACAGUUCGGUGGGGCACCUUGUAUGGGAAUUCAUGAAGAGACUGAAAAAUGUGUUACUGGAGUGUCUUGUCCUGUACAUGGUUCAUGGUCAUUUUGGUCACCAUGGUCGGUAUGUAUGGCGGAUUGUGGUAUAGGAAAGAAAAUAAGAAAUAGAAUAUGUAACAAUCCCGCUCCACUUUAUGGUGGAUUAGAUUGUAUCGGACUAUCGGAGGAGAUGCGCGAUUGUGAUACUAAAAAACAUUGCCCUAUAAACGGUAACUGGGGUCUGUGGAUGGCAUGGUCAAGCUGCUCGGCGUACUGUGGUUCGGGUGAACGAAGAAGAAUCCGGAAAUGCGACAAUCCACCUGCACAGUAUGGCGGCACACCAUGUAAAGGUUUUGCGGAAGAAAUAGAAAUAUGUAAUGCACCAAAACCAUGCGCUAUUGAUGGACAAUGGUCACUGUGGGGAACGUUUUCAGCAUGUUCAGCAACGUGCAACAUGGGGACACAAAUACGUUCACGUGUAUGCAAUGACCCGCCGCCACAGUAUGGUGGUGUAGAUUGUAAAGGGCCGGCGGAGGAGACUAUCAGUUGUAAAACUGGUGUGCCAUGCGCAGUAAAUGGAAAUUGGGGAGGCUGGUAUCCAUGGUCCAAAUGCAGCGUAACAUGCGGUAGUGGAGAAGUGGAAAGGCAUAGAGAUUGUAACAAUCCUAUACCACAAUAUGGAGGACUACCAUGUGUCGGACCAGCUUAUGAAAUUGGAACUUGCGAUACCAAAAUAUCAUGUCCAAUACAUGGUGGGUGGUCAUCGUGGUCACACUAUACUCCGUGUACUGGCAAGUGUGGAAUAGGUUUUCAGGAAAGAUACAGAGAGUGUAAUAACCCUCCACCAAAAUUUGGAGGGGAUUUAUGCUAUGGACUUGAAAGUGAGCUUAUAGACUGUGAUACGCAUAAACCAUGUGCAAUUGAUGGACAAUGGGGCAUGUGGAUGAAGUGGACAGCGUGUAAUGUCAAGUGUGGUGUCGGUGUCCAUUCAAGAAAAAGAGAAUGCAAUUCACCCCCUCCUCAGUACGGAGGACGCGAUUGUAGUGGUAUUAACAUAGAAGAAAAAAAAUGUGACACCCUGAGAAAUUGUGCUGUUCACGGGGGAUGGAGUUUUUGGUCAAAGUGGACGGCAUGCUCGGCAAGCUGUGCAAUGGGAACUAAAACACGAUAUAGAGAGUGUACAAAUCCUGCUCCAUUGUAUGGCGGGUUGGUCUGUAAAGGUCCUGACCAAGAAAUGGUUAAAUGUGACAGUGGUGUCCCAUGCCCAGUUGAUGGACAGUGGUCAGCGUGGUACAAAUGGAGUGUAUGUUCAGUGCAAUGCGGUAUUGGUGUAAAAGAAAGAAUUAGAGAAUGCAAUGCACCACCUCCUCAGUAUGGCGGUAUGCCGUGUAAAGGUCCAAAAACAGAAAUCGCAGAUUGUAACAGUGGUAUACAUUGUCCAGUAGAUGGCCAGUGGACACUGUGGUCACCUUGGGGGGGAUGUUCAAGAACCUGUGGUACAGGAAUGCAACGGAGGACACGACAAUGUGCUAAUCCUGUACCUGCUUAUGGUGGUGCAAAGUGCAAAGGGUUUGCAGAAGAACUUCGUCAGUGCGAUACAGGUUAUGCAUGUGCUGUAAAUGGCAACUGGGGAAUGUGGAGUGAGUUUUCGAUGUGUUCUGCAAGCUGCGGUGUGGGUGUUCAAGAACGAGUUCGCUUGUGUGACAAUCCUCCACCGAUGUUUGGAGGAAUGGAAUGUCCAGGAUCAUCAGUUGAAAUGUUAAAGUGUAAAGCUGAAGUACCAUGUGCUGUAGAUGGAUCUUGGACGAGUUGGUCAAUGUGGACAAACUGUGAUGCUACUUGUGGUGUUGGAAUUAGAGAACGUUGGAGACAGUGUACAAAUCCAAGGCCUAGCUCUGGCGGUAAACCAUGUAGUGGACCACAGUUAGAAAUUGUUGAUUGCGAAAACAAAGUUCCUUGUGCUGUCGACGGUAACUGGUCGCCAUGGUCUAAAUGGGACAUGUGUUCUGUUAGUUGUGGAACCGGAUUUCAUUAUAGAUUCAGAACAUGUAGCAACCCGCGCCCAUCACUUGGUGGAAAGCUCUGUGUUGGAGUGCCUGAAGAGGUGAAGACUUGCAAUGAAGGGCCCAAAUGCCCUGUGGAUGGCAACUGGGCGCAUUGGUCGGCUUGGAAGGCUUGUGAUGCAAAAUGCGGAAAAGGUUAUCAGCUUCGAGUUCGAACAUGUUCUGAUCCACCACCACUUUUUGGUGGCAAACUAUGUUUUGGGAUUGCAAAAGAGAAAAGGCAGUGUGACUCUGGAAUACCUUGUCAUAUUGACGGCAACUGGAGUCCAUGGUCUAACUGGGAUAUUUGUGACGCUAAAUGUGGAUAUGGUUACCAAAGAAGGGUACGUACAUGCACUAAUCCAAAACCACAGUUUGGAGGAAUGGAUUGUCUCGGUAUUCCACAAGAACGUCGUCAAUGUCAAAAUGAUGUUGCAUGUCCUGUAGACGGCAACUGGGGCGCUUGGGCAAAUUGGGAGGCAUGUGAUGCUGACUGUGGAAUCGGUAAACGCAAAAGACUACGUUACUGCAACAGUCCGGCUCCACAGUAUGGUGGAAUGUAUUGUGCUGGCGGGGAAGUGGAAACGGAAGAAUGUGAUACAGGUAGAUCCUGCUACCAGAAAGGUGCCUGGUCCUUGUGGGGCCGCUGGUCUGGUUGCUCUUCUUCUUGUGGAGUUGGAUAUCAGUUCCGGGUCCGGUACUGUAAUAACCCGCCGCCACAAGGUCCUGGUAUGGGUUGCCAGGGGUACAAUGAGGAGAGAGUGCAGUGUAACACGAACAUUGUUUGUCCAGUCAAUGGCGGUUGGACGGAAUGGACCUUGUUUGGCAAAUGUUUGGCCGACUGCUCAAGAGGUGCAGCUUAUGCCUAUGGUUACAAGAUUCGACAGAGAUUCUGUGAGAAUCCACCACCUUCAAACGGCGGAUUACCAUGUCGUGGAGACGCUGUUGAAAGGGUAGAGUGUUUCGAUUUCCCGCCUUGUUUUGAGCCCGAAUGGUCAAUGUGGACGAAAUGGACGAAAUGCUCAGAAGAAUGUGGUCCUGGUCAGCAGGAGAGAACCCGAACUUGCCAGGAGAAUGCACUCGGAAGACCAGCCAAUAAUUGUAAAGGUCAAGGAAAAGAUGUCAUAGUAUGCAAAGUCCUCGACUGUCCUACAACCCCUCUGAACUGCUCUACGGAAUGUAAAUGGGAUAAUGGUAUAGGUUAUGCGAUGUAUCCAGGAGACUGCACGAUGUUUGUCCAGUGUGACAGUAUAGACGGUAUUCCUGUAGUGCAGGACUGUGCAUAUGGUCUUCUGUGGAGCUUGAACAUACUACAAUGUGUGUUCCCAGCCCAGUCUGAAUGUGAUGUCUGUGAAUUUGAUAGAGGCCGGUACAGACCGUACCACAUAUCCUGCCGCGCCUACUGGGACUGCACCUUGCCUUCACCAGUACCAAAAUGUUGUGCUAAGAACGAACGGUUCAAUCCCUUUACACAUCAGUGCGAGAUAGAUCACAAAGGGCUGUGUAACGAAGAAUGUCCACCUGUGGAAGUGUUACCACCUGAAGGAAAUGGAACAUCAAAUAUCCCAGUGUGUAAGUUCAAACCAUCUAUUCGUGGGGAUGGUUGGUAUGAAGAAGAAUUAUUCGGCGUUUGGCAACCACGCCCUUGCAGCGGCGGAACUAUUUUUUCGGAAAAAGAAUGUCAAUGUAUUUACUACACAGACGGUUUUAUGGGACCAAAGAAAGGAAUACCAGGACAGAAUACGACAGAAUGUGUACCUGAACUUCACCUGGCAUUCGAAACACUGGAACAAGAUCUCGCGAGAAAUGUAGGUCUUCACGUGGAGAAUGUUACGUACCUAGGUGAUGGAACCGCAUAUUUUGACGGAAAUGCUGCCAUUAAUGAUAACAUAUUCUCCAAUAUCGAAUGGGGUCAAAAUGUUUUUGUAUACAUCCGGUUCAAGCCAGAGGGCCAAGGGCAUAAUCAAGGUCUUGUUCAUAAUUCUGGUUGUGGACCCUCGGAUAUUGGACCAUCUGUAUUCAUCGGUAUAGACCGCCAGCCGCAAUUAUAUGGACCGGAUAUGAUCAACAUGAAGUUCGCAGCAGUACCGAAAAAGAAAAAUUUGGAAUACGAUUUCGUAAACAUCACAACUCCGGCAGACCAAAUGAUUGAUGCAUGGUUUAAAUUUGGAAAAGGCAAUUUUAAAGCAGAAGUUAAUGGAUUAACUGCAAUGUUAGACAUACCUGGGGCAUCUGCGAUAGACAGACGUCACGGUUCCGUCAACAUUGGUGGCAAUUUAUGUAAAAUAGGCAACGAAUCCUUCGGUGGCUUCGUUGGAACCCUAGACGAGGUUCGAAUAUACAAAUGCAAACCGCCAGGGAUUUUCUAGCGCUAGGUACUACCUUCAGGGAAAACCAAAGAGUAUUCUACAGUGUUUUAACCACAGUGGCAUGACCGUUACAGGACUUUAAAAGAAACUACAUUUGAACAACAUUUAGAACUUGAUGGCGGCCGCUUUCUACAGUUUUGUUUUCUCUGUGAUUUAUUCUAUUCUAAAUGAAGUCGAGAGACAAAUCACAAGAAAAAUAAUUGUUUACUUUUUAAUUUAUGCUUAUUACAUGAAAGAACGUGACAUAUCAACAUAUUAUCAGAUGUCAUUUACCUUGUUUUAGAUAGGGGUGAACAUUUAAUGUACAAGCGUAAAAGUUAAACAGCAAACAUUUCACAAAAGGGGAAACAAUCUUAUAAAGUCUUAAUAAUUUAACAAUGUACU